UCAAUCCAACCCAUUCAUGUCGGGCAGACGCCGGGUGAUGGAGGCGGAGGAGAGAACGGAGUGCUGUCUUCUCCUCCCUGACGAAUAGGUGUAUCGCGCUCCCCCGCUCCUCCACGGGUCGGUAAAUCGAGACAACAGCAAUUCCCGGUCUAAAGUUUUUAAAAUUAUAUUUAAACCCGCUAUCACCGGGAUCACCCCCCUCCACCUGAAGCGACGCUGAGAUUUUUGCGGCUGAGAGAAGAUGGCGAGCGAGCCGCCGGCCCGCAGCCUGGACGAUAUCGACCUCUCUGCCCUACGGGAUCCUGCUGGUAUUUUUGAACUAGUAGAAGUUGUCGGAAAUGGCACAUAUGGACAAGUGUAUAAGGGCCGCCAUGUCAAAACAGGGCAGCUGGCCGCCAUCAAAGUUAUGGAUGUUACAGAGGAUGAAGAAGAGGAGAUUAAACAGGAAAUUAACAUGCUGAAGAAGUACUCUCACCAUAGAAACAUCGCAACAUAUUAUGGUGCUUUCAUCAAGAAGAGCCCUCCAGGCCAUGAUGACCAGCUCUGGCUGGUUAUGGAAUUCUGUGGAGCUGGAUCUGUCACAGACCUGGUCAAAAAUACAAAAGGAAAUGCUUUGAAGGAAGAGUGGAUCGCAUACAUCUGUCGAGAGAUACUGCGGGGCUUAACUCAUCUUCAUGCACACAAAGUUAUCCACAGAGACAUCAAAGGACAAAAUGUGCUGCUGACAGAAAAUGCUGAAGUAAAGCUCGUUGAUUUUGGUGUGAGUGCUCAACUCGACAGGACUGUCGGAAGGAGGAACACAUUCAUCGGAACUCCAUAUUGGAUGGCUCCUGAAGUGAUAGCAUGUGACGAAAAUCCUGAUGCCACUUACGAUUAUAGGAGUGACAUUUGGUCUUUGGGAAUUACUGCAAUUGAAAUGGCAGAAGGCGCUCCACCUCUAUGUGACAUGCAUCCAAUGCGGGCCUUAUUCCUUAUUCCAAGAAAUCCCCCUCCAAGAUUAAAAUCGAAGAAAUGGUCAAGGAAGUUUAUAGAGUUUAUUGAGAACUGCCUGAUAAAAAAUUAUACUCAGAGACCGUCUACAGAUCAGCUGCUAAAGCACAGUUUCAUCCGAGACCAGCCGACUGAGAGGCAGGUACGCAUCCAAUUGAAGGACCACAUUGAUCGGACCCGGAAGAAGCGUGGUGAGAAAGAGGAGACAGAAUACGAGUACAGUGGCAGUGAGGAGGAAGAGGACAACGUUGGUGAAGAAGGGGAACCUAGCUCCAUUGUAAAUUUGCCAGGCGAGUCCACUCUCCGGCGAGACUUCCUCCGCCUGCAGCAGGAGAACAAGGAGCGGUCAGAAGCCGUGAAGCGUCAGCAGCAGCAGCAGCAGAUUGUGCUGCCUCGCCGGGACCUGGAGGAGCGCAGACGGCAGCUCCUCUCCGAGCGGCAGAAACGCAUAGAAGAGCAGAAAGAGCAGCGGCGCCGGUUGGAAGAGCAACAACGCAGAGAACGGGAACUCCGCAAGCAGCAGGAAAAAGAGCAUCAGCGGCAAUUAGAUGAGAUGCAGCAGCUUCGAAGGGAAGAGGAGAGGAGACAAGCUGAGAGAGAACAGGAGUACAAGCGGAAGCAGCUGGAGGAGCAGCGGCAGUCCGAACGGCUUCAGCGGCAGCUGCAGCAGGAGCACGCCUUCCUCAUGUCACUGCAGCAGCAGCAACAGAAGCAGCAGCAGCCACCUCAGGAAAAGAAACAACUGUAUUACUACAAUAAAAAUGUGAAUCCUUCUGACAAACCAGCCUGGGCAAAGGAGGUUGAAGAACGCUCCAAAAUGAACCGGCAAAACUCUCCUGGUGCCAAGCCUAAGAUGGGGACCACAAUAUCUGAUCCAUCGCUGCAGUCACUCUCUGAAUCCGUACCCAACAAUUCCGCCCAGGCUUCACAGACGCCACCCAUGCACCGGCCGGUGGAGCCCCAGGGAGCCCAGUCAAAGUUUCAAGUGGCACACCUUGUCGCACUGAAACCAUCUGUAGCCGUUCCGAGGUCCCAGUCACUGCAAGACCAACCAACCAAGAAUGUUGCUGCCUUCCCAAGUCAGGAGCCAGCGCCAGUGAAGCGCGGCGAGAUGCUGCGGCAGAACUCCGACCCCACCUCCGAGAACCCCGUGCUGCCUCCCCGUGCAAACAGAGAUGACGCCGGGCCAUGGGUGAAGAUGUCUGAUGAAGCACCACCAAAGGUUCCUCAAAGGACGACCUCCAUAGCCACAGCUCUAAACAGCAGUAGUGUCCUGCUAAAUCGUCCAGGGCAGGCACCACGUGCAAGCAAUCCAGACUUGCGUAGAAUUGAGCCGGGUUGGGAAAGAGCAGAGAGCCUCCCACAGAUUGGCCCCCAUCGAGUACUUGGGACUGGUUCAAUGGAGCGCAACAGGAUCACAACUUCCUCUCAGCCUGAAGGAUCACUGGUCCUUUCGCAGGAUGUCAUCCGGGUGAAACCAGAGGAGAUACGAACUACCUCACGACCCAGCAGACCUGCAAGCUAUAAACGAGCAAUAGGUGAGGACAUGCUGAAUCUGGGGAAGGACAUCCGAUCAGACGAGCUGCCCAAACUGCCGGUUAAAGUGAUGGACUACUCUUCCUCAAGCGAAGAGUCUGGCAGCACUGAUGAUGAGGACGAGGAAGGGGAAAGUGAGCGCCAAGAUGAAAAUCUAUCCAGCUCUGAUGGAUCCCGAUCUGGUCAAAACCGGAGCAAUGAUGGUGACACAGACAGCAUCAGCACAAUGGUGGUGCACGACGAUGAAGAGCCUGCUGUGGUCGAGACUUCAGGCAGCAGCUACGGAGACGGGACAAUGAUUGUCCAGAGGACGCCUGAGGAGGAAAGAAGUGUCCAUCAUCCAGACAGUAAUGGUUUCACAAGUCAUGUUAACCUGCCUGAUUUAGUACGGCAGAGUCAUUCUCCUACCGAUACCAAAGGCCCUAAAUCUCAGCAGGACGAUACUAUAGCAGAAUUUCAGUCGAGAGGCCUGGUGAAAUCCCCUGGCAAGUCGUCUUUUACUACUUUUGUUGAUCUUGGAAUGUAUCAGAUGGGUGCCGGUGGGGAAACCAUACAACUUGCUGGGUUGAAUAUCAGUGAUGUAAGCCGAUUAAACCAGCAGAAAAAUGAUGACAGGAAGUGUUCGGUUGUGAAUGUAAAUCCAGCCAACACACGACCACACAGCGAUACGCCAGAAAUAAGGAAAUACAAGAAACGCUUCAACUCUGAAAUACUCUGUGCUGCUUUAUGGGGUGUGAAUCUGCUGGUGGGGACUGAGAAUGGACUCAUGCUGCUGGACCGGAGUGGACAGGGCAAAGUGUACAGCCUCAUCAGCCGCCGGCGCUUCCAGCAGAUGGACGUCUUGGAAGGGCUAAAUCUCCUCAUCACAAUAUCAGGUAAACGGAACAAGCUCCGUGUUUACUAUCUGUCCUGGUUGCGGAAUAAGAUUUUGCACAAUGACCCAGAGGUGGAGAAGAAGCAGGGCUGGACUACCGUGGGCGAUAUGGAGGGCUGUGUGCACUACAAAGUGGUGAAAUACGAGAGGAUCAAGUUCCUGGUUAUUGCUCUGAAGAACUCUGUGGAAGUUUACGCCUGGGCCCCUAAGCCUUACCACAAGUUCAUGGCUUUCAAGUCAUUCACAGAUCUGCCUCAUAGACCAUCAUUAGUUGACUUGACGGUGGAAGAAGGUCAGAGGUUAAAGGUUGUUUAUGGAUCUAGCACUGGUUUCCAUGCAGUUGACGUGGAUUCUGGAAAUACCUACGAUGUUUACAUCCCAGUGCAUAUUCAGUCCCAUAUGGUGCCUCAUGCCAUUGUAAUUCUACCCAACACUGCUGGAAUGGAAAUGCUUCUGUGCUAUGAAGAUGAAGGAGUUUAUGUGAAUACCUAUGGCCGUAUUAUGAAGGAUGUGGUGUUACAGUGGGGUGAGAUGCCAACCUCUGUGGCGUACAUCUGUUCAAAUCAGAUCAUGGGUUGGGGUGAGAAGGCCAUCGAAAUCCGAUCUGUGGAGACAGGUCACCUCGAUGGAGUUUUUAUGCACAAAAGAGCACAGCGGCUAAAGUUCCUCUGUGAACGCAAUGAUAAGGUCUUUUUUGCCUCUGUCCGUUCAGGUGGAAGCAGUCAAGUUUAUUUCAUGACAUUAAAUAGGAACACAAUCAUGAACUGGUAAAAAGGACAACCUGUUGGACUACUGAUGUGUUGGAUACUGUAAAUACAUAUGACGGUGCAUUUUGUAGAUCAGAGAUUUAAGUGGGAUAUAUAGACCAUGGAGAGGUUUCUGUGGAACUCAGAAUGGAUCUCGUGCCUCAAAAGACAUUAUCAUGAACCUCUUGCUUUAAAGGUUUUUUUUCCUUUCCUUCUUCUGGAGAAUGAAUUUGACAGCUUGGCUGCAGUUGUAUCACCUAUCCAGCAUGCUUUACUCAUUCGAAGCCAAGGCUGCUUCUGACUGGCAGUAGAGCACAUGGAUCCAUUGUGUACUUGGUUAUGGUGGGCGGGGGGGGGGUAAAUAAUGUUUGGACUUGCUUUGAAACGAGCCACUGUUCUGAUUGAAAAGGGAGUGCGGAAUACUACCAAUUAACCCUGUUACCAUAAAUAGUCCAAGCCAUCUUCCUCGAUCUGGAAAAAUAUGGGUUAAGUCAGGAUUGGUAGCUCACUGUUUGUGUGUGUGUGUGUGUGUGUGUGUGCGCGCGCGCGCGUAUGUGAGUGUUAAUUUUUUAUGUCUAUUUUAGAAUAGAAUUAAGGUUUUAAAAGUAGUUUUUCAACUUUUUUU